UACUAAUGUGUUAAAAAUGUUUUACGAGAUAUUCAUUCUCUCUUCUGCUCGUAGUACGUUAUGCAGACAUGUUGAACGUCGUGUGUCCAAAUAACGAGAUUCAAUGAUUUACUGCAAAACAGUAGAGUUUGUAAAGUCGUUCAAACCCUUUGAAUAGACUGGUUUGCUUUCGCACUGCAGUACAUUCAACCAGAAACGUACCAUGACAUUAAUGCUGGAUGUUUUUCAAUUUAAAAUAAAAGGUGUAGUCGUACAAUAAGGGUGUGCCAGCUAACUAGCUAAAGGCCAUCCUGUUUGGUGACUUUAGCAGCCUUUUAUAGCGUUAAUAAAACAUCUUUAAAUGAGUAAUAUGCUUUUCCAUAGUUGCUGUUAAAAACCGCACCCCUUGUUGGUUUGUGCAUCGUGACUAAAAACCCCAAACACCAGCACAGGUGUUUUUAAUCCGGAUAAUUAGACCUGGAGGCUAUGCUGACGUAUGCGCAUCACAUGACGUCACAGACUGUAUUCAGAGGUCUAAUCAGGCAACAAGUGAAAACACCUGUGUGCAAGAAGAGCUCCCACACUGAAACAGUAGCAAAGCCAGAUUCUUAUAUACUUAUACUAUAUACAUAAUACAUGUUUACAUGGCACAGUGGGGGGAAACAGUUAUAAAUAAUGAAAUUUACAGCUGCUUCGGUUUCAGGAUGUUGGCAUUGUGCAUACCGACACACUGUCAUGUUGUCAUGGUUUCAUGGGACACUUGAACAGAACACCUAAAAAAUGUGUGUAGUGAAAAAAGGUCUGUCACAGUCCCAGCUGCGUUGAAAGGAUGGUACUGUGUGCAGUGAGGCGACAACUCCUGGGGUGCAGCAGCAGCAGCAGCUGUGGAGCCUGGGCAAGGAUGCUGCAGAGACAGAGCAGUGGCUGCGUGUACUCCAGCACCCAUGGCUUCAAUCCGGAGGAGAUUAGAGAGAAGCUGCAGGCCUUUCCUGGAGGCUCCAUUGAUCUGCUCAAACAGGAGUCUGGCGUUGCUGUGCUGACCAUCAACAACCCUUCCCGCAUGAACGCCUUCUCCGGCAGUAUGAUGGUGGAUCUAGAGGAGAGGGUAAGCCAGCUGGAGAGCUGGACAGACUGUAAAGGCCUGAUUGUUCAAGGUGCUGCUGGAACUUUUUGCUCAGGAUCGGACCUCAACGCCGUCAGGGCGAUAUCUAACCCACAGGAUGGGAUGAAGAUGUGCAUGUUCAUGCAGAAUGCUCUCACAAGACUACUCAGGCUGCCUCUGAUCUCUGUUGCUCUGGUGGAGGGGAGAGCGCUGGGAGGUGGUGCAGAACUCACCACUGCCUGCGAUUUCAGGUUAAUGGCAUCUGGCAGUGUGAUCCAGUUUGUCCAUAAACACAUGGGCCUGGUACCAGGCUGGGGUGGAGCAGCGCGACUUGUCCGGAUUGUUGGAAGCCAGAAUGCCCUGAAGCUACUUGGUGGUGCUGUAAAAGUGGACCUUGGUCUUGGCCUGCAGAUUGGACUGGCAGAUGGAGUCCUGGAGGUCCCCCAGGCAGAGGAGGGUGCAGACACUCUGCUACAGCAAGCUGAAAGCUGGCUCAGUCACUAUACAAAAGGACCUGCCCCAGUGAUCCAAGCUGUAAAGAAGGUAGUCUUGUCAGGGAGAGAGCUCCCUCUGUCAGAGGCUCUGAGGACUGAGAAGGAUGUAUUUGGGACAGUGUGGGGUGGUCCGGCUAACCUGCAGGCUCUUGCCAGCAAGUCCAAACACAAAUGAUUGUUAACUUUUCCUGAGAACUUCUCAGAUGAGACAUUUUGGAAAGCCCUGUCCGGGCCAGGAGAACUGUUUCAGACUGAUGGACAGACUUCAUUUCUAAGUACUUUUCACAUACUUAACUGUGUUGUCUAAAAUACUCUGUUUGCUAGGACAACAAACUUUAAUAACUAAAUUUCAAUAACUCAGAUGAUUCAUUGCCUCUUAUAUCAACACUGAUGGUAUUCUGACAUCGCUCAUUAUCACAUACUUUAAUAUGAUGCAUUUUGUUUUGUAUGUCUCGAUGUGAUGUGCAGUUUCUUAUCACAAGAGUAGGAGCUGAGAUGUAAAUACAUAAACGGGUGAGUGCUGCUUGUGUUCGUAUAUUGAAAACAUAACUCAAACAUAACAUAACUGCUAGAAAGGAUGGAAUGAGGGUGGUGUUUCCUGGCAUGAACACUGAAUUAAAAGCAUAAAUAAAAACUCUCCUGUUCCUUUGAGGUCAUAUUUUAGUGGCUGAAGUCUGCAGCCUCCUGUUUACAACAGCACAUUUAUCAACUGUGGUGCAGUGUCAGUUGACCUGAGAAAUGAUCUUGUGCCACUAAUACUCUGUAGACUGAUGUAUAAUCUCUGACUAUGUAUAAAGACUUGUUUUGUUUAGAUGUGUCCUCUUAAUUAAAGCAUAUCUGUAAUUAAACUUUAAAUCCGUAUGGGUGAAAACAAGGACAUCAUUCUCCAUCUUCUAAAUCCCUUCUGCGCCCAUCAGUUGAACAAAUUAACAGUCUCUCCUCCAGUUCCCCUGAAAAUGGGAUUAUGGUAAUGAUUAGAUGAUGCCAGGCUCAUGCUAACUGGAGCAGACAGCAGCAUACAGACAAGAUACUGAUGAGAUAUAACAAGCAUGACCCUUCAGCAUCUGUCUGCAGGAAUGAGAGUAACGCUGCUUGCACAUCCUUCCUCUUUACCUCAGUUUUGUAGGUUAGUUAAGUGGAUCCUUCAUUGUGGCCUUGAUCAUCUGCACUCUCUGUUUCUAUUCUAUUGGGAGAUUCUCAGCUGUAGGUAAGAACAUUGUUUGGCUGAUAGCCAAUGCUUUGCGAUGCACAGUUGCUCUCAUUGGCACCAAUUUGUAGCUCAUUUUUCAUUGCACAUUUAAAUUAUGAAUCCAUACAGCAAAUUAGGUGUUACAAAAGCACAAACAUGCAGGGACUGAAAUGGCAAAACAGGACAGGUCGCUCGAGGAUGCCAGGCCUUUAUCUCUAGGUCCUCUUUCCAGAGGUCACGUUUCCUGGCCGACACCCAGCUAGACUGUUGAUAGCUGCUGUGGUCAGAAUACUAAACACCUACAAGGUGAGUAAGGGAAUGACUACAGCGGGCCUCAUUAUGAUGUGCAGUGAAUAAACUUGUUUAUAUAGACUGUGGACAUUAUGGAUAUUUAAUGUUACCUCUCUGUACUGUAUUUAUAGCUACUUAGGGAAAGCACAAUGGCAAUUCUGCAACACGCAUCAUGAAGAAUGGAUAUUCAAUACUACAGUCCUCAUCCAAAGCAAAAAAAAGUGAUUGAACUUUUCCCCCCUUAGAAAAAUCUCUACAGGUGGUAUUGUGGAGACAAAAAAGCAGCUGAGACUUACUUACAAUGGGCUCAUUGAUUGUCCUACUUAUGUAAUACUCAAGACAGUUCAAACCCUACCACACAAUCAAGUCUGAAGGCAAAAAUAUAAUAAGAGACAAGCGCACAAAAAUAUCCUUUUAGGAUGAUGAAAUGACACAAUUUAUUCUUAAAUUACAAACCAUGUAACAAAAAAAACAAAACAAAAAAAAAAAAAAAGUUGCCAAGCAAAAACUGUUACACAAACUUAAAUUCUUCAGAAUGGAAAGUCUAAGACUGAGCCGAUGGUGUAAGCAUGUAAGAAAUAUAAAAAUAACAUAACUUGAAAUCUCUGCAGCAUGGCCAAUCGCAAUGGCAUGUUCUUGUUCUCAGACGUCAUACAGAAGAGGAUUUACAACCAUAAGAAACACAAAAAACAGAAACAAAUUAAAAACCGUGUACUCAAAAGUCAAUCCUAAAACGUUCAAUUCUCAACGUUCUGCCAACCAGUAGUGUUUAAAUAACUCUCUCUUCAAACAUGCACAAAUCACAAAACUUUAGAAACACACCAAUUCAGAAUACUUUAGUCAGGGACGAUAAGAAUACUAAUGGUGCUACAGAGGCCUCGACAGCUUUAAAAAGGAAAAA